AUGCCAAUCUGCAUCGAAUGCAGGCAUCCUGUCAAGACGCUCUGGACUGCAUAUUCUGGUGCAGGGGAUAAGGCCAGCGGACACAAUAUCCGACUCACUGUGUGUCGCAACUGUGGCCGUUUCUGCGACAAGUAUGUCGAGCAUGACUUUGUUGUGCUUUUUAUCGAUUUAGUCCUGAUAAAACCUCAGGUUUAUCGACAUUUAUUAUACAAUACCUUGAUGCGAGAUGAUGAUCGCUUAGAUCCUUCCGUUGUCCGUUUAGGCACUCUCCUUCUUCUCUUUGAUGUGUACUUGACAUGGGCACGAUUGGAGAAGCAGACGGUGCCUGAUGCCAUCCCAGGAGCAAGCAACUUGGGUAAACUUUCACAACAGCCGAUUGUCUUUCAAUAUCUCUUCUUCCGUAAGAUGACUCUCAAGAUAACUCUGAUCUAUAAACUAACCCUUGCCAAAGUCAUCUUUUGCGCCCUCUCAACAGCAGCUUUCCAUGUGAGCAUACGCUUCCUCACAUCCUCCGCCUUCUCUCCCCUCAACCUUCUGGGCAUUCUUCCUCAAUACACGAGGCCCAAUUCAGUAUCUACAGCUCUCCUGGUAUCAUCGUCCACAAAACUAUUCCCCAUCCUGAUGGUGAUCUGGGAUUAUGACGUCCCCGCCUCAGCUCGGUCACUUGGCUGGGCCGUCGUGGCCAACAAUGUCGAGGCACUACGCAUUCUUCUUGAUUGCAACUAUGUCAUAGCAUGUCUACUCGCUAUCGCAGGGGCAGCUUCACGCUGGGUAGUCGGCCGCGCUGUCCUGCUCGCUGCUGGUCUUGCCGACGUUGACUCGAUAGGUGAAAGUGGCGUGGCAGCGGAUGGCAAAGCUCUAUGGGCGUUGUUGAUGUAUGCGAGGGAAUGGGCAGGUCGUCUUGCUGUCGGGUAG